AUGAGCUGGAAGAGCUUACAAGAGCAGCAGGGAAAACACAAAGCAGCAACAGCAGCAGCAACAGCAGCAGCAACGGCAGCAGCAGCGGCAGCAGCUGCUGCAGCAGCAGCAAAGCAGGCCCAGAAGACACCCCCCACGCAGGAAAAGCAGCAGCAGCUGCUGCUUCUAGGUUGGCCCAAGGCCACAGCAGCAGCAGCAGCAGCAGCAACAAGGCUGGUUCCGUUGCAGGCAGCAGCUCGCAGCAGCGGUAGCAGCAGCAGCAGAAGCAGCAGCAGCAGCAGCAGACACUCCAGAAGCAGCAGCAGUAUCCGGGGCCCUGCCGUGCUGCAGCAGCAAGAACAGCAGCAGCAGCACAAGAGUGAAACAGAUGCCAGAGCAGCAGCAGCAACUACAGCAACACAUGCAGCAGCAGAAGCAGCAGCAGCAGCAGAUGCAGCAGAGAACGGGUCCAGCGGAGACCCUCAGCAGAAGCAGCAGCAGCAAGAGCAGCAGCAGCAAGAGCAGAAGCAGCUAGACCAGCAGCAGCAAGAGCAGCAGCAGCAAGAGCAGCAGCAGCAAGAACAGCAGCAGCAGGCUACUCUGUGGGGAAGGUUCAUGAGUUUCUUGGGCCUACGGAAGCAGCAGCAGAAGCAGCAGCAGCAGGAGCAGCAGCAGCAGCAGCAAACGCCUGCUGCUUCUGCUGCUGGUGGCAAGAAAGAGAAAUCCACUGCUGCUGCUGCUGCUGCUACGCAGCGCCUCACUGGUGAGGCCGUGAGGGAGCUGCUGCAGCAGCAGCAGCAGCAGCAGCAGCAGCAGCAGCAGCAGCCGAAGAUAGAGUGCGCAGACUGCGGCUCGCAGCUAUUUGUGGCUAAAGGGAGGGAGAAGCGGUUUCUUACUCGCGAGACACGCUGCGCUGGCUGCGGCUCUUCGGAAUUCGUUUUGGAGCCCUGA